ACUGAGAAGAGCUUCUUGAUUCUGGCCGCAGAGGAAGGCAAGGACAGCUCGAAAGCUCCCUUCUUACCGACGACAGCCCCCAUCUCCCGUUAUUUGCUCGAAGCUUCUCCUUCGGCGUGCUGGUGACCCGACGGGGACGACGCCGAGGAAGCUUCUCCAGGCGCUGUCUCAGAUUACUUGGAGGUGCUGCCAUUUGAUCUUGCAGAUUGUUGGUUAACCCUGAACCCUGAAUCGCAGAACGGAAGAACAUGGUGAAGGAAACAGCUUAUUAUGACGUAUUGGGCGUCAGCUCUGACGCAUCCCCGGCUGACAUAAAGAAGGCUUACUACCUCAAGGCGAGGGUAGUUCAUCCUGACAAGAACCCUGGAGAUCCCACAGCAGCUGAGAAGUUCCAGAAACUUGGGGAGGCAUAUCAAGUUUUGAGUGAUCCCGAUAAGCGUGAGGCAUAUGACAAGUAUGGAAAGGCAGGAGUUUCUCAGGAUGCCAUGGUGGACCCUGCAGCUGUCUUCGGCAUGCUUUUUGGGAGUGAUUAUUUUGAAGAUUACAUCGGGAAACUUGCAUUGGCCUCUAUGGCUACUGCUGAAGAACCACAUGAUUCGGAAUUUCAGGAGAAGAUGAAGGCAAUGCAGAAGGAGAGAGUAGACAAACUCAUAACCAUUCUCAAAGAUCGGCUUCAGCCUUUUGUUGAAGGUCGAACAGAAGAGUUUGUGGAAUGGGCAAAUUCAGAAGCGAAACGCCUCUCAGUAGCGGCUUUUGGUGAAGCAAUGCUUCACACAAUUGGUUACAUUUACACGAGGAAAGCAGCACGAGAACUUGGGAAGGAUAGGCGGUAUAUGAGGGUACCAUAUAUAGCUGAGUGGGUUCGGGACAAAGGCCACCAGAUCAAAUCCCAAGCAAUGGCUGCUGCAGGUGCGGUCUCCCUUAUUCAGUUACAGGAUGAGCUGAUGCAUAUGCAUGAGGGAGAAGCCAGUGAAGAGGCCGUACUAAAGGCCGCUCAAGACAAGAAGGAUGCCGUGAUCAAUUCUCUCUGGAAAAUAAAUGUGGUCGAUAUCGAGUCGACUUUGUCCCAAGUCUGCAACAGGGUUCUUAAGGAUCCUACUGCGUCCAAGGAAGUUCUAAAGCUACGUGCCUUAGCUUUGAAAAAGCUCGGGACAGUCUUCCAAGGUGCCAAGGCUGCGUACAGCAGAGAGAACAGCCUCAGACAUGAGACAGACAUUAAACAGCAUGCAGGUCCAUCAUCAUAAUCGAGACCACCGAAUGUGUGAGCAGACCGGUUGCAUCUCCUUUUUUGCGUUAACUAAUGGGAUCAUAAUCUGCAGUCUCAAGCAGCUGGUCGUCGUAUUUUUAAAGCAUGGCCUGGUCACAUGAUUGGUCCUGUUCCACUGUUUACUGAAUUUGCAUUCUAGGGGGGUCGAUUGGAGAAUUCUUUGAUGAUCUGUGGAUUUCUUCAUGUGCUUAGUUGUAUCUUGUGAUCAUUUAUAUUGUGGAUGUGGAUACUGAACAUUUUGAUGAGUGCAAGUUCUCUUUUGAGUUUUUGCUUCU